AUACUGAGAGAGAAGAAAUUUUAAUGGCCAAGAAAAAAAUGGAAGAAGAAGAGAAGAAAAGUGUGAAACUUGUAGGGUAUUGGUUAAGCCCUUUUGUUGAUAGGGUGAAAUGGGCAUUGAGGCUCAAAGGCAUUCACUAUGAAUAUAUAGAACAAGAUAUUUUCGACAAAACCCCUUUUCUUGAUCACAUUAAUCCUCUCUACGGCAAAGUGCCCGUUCUUAUUCAUGGCGACAAACCCUUACCCGAAUCAUCCAUCAUCAUCGAAUACAUCGAUCAAAUUUGGAGCCACGAUCCGCUCUUGCCUACUGAUCUCGUUGAUAGAGCUCAACUUCGAGUUUGGGUCAAAUUUAUCGACGAGAAGAUAUUUUUUGCAUCUUGGGAGGCUUAUUGUACCGAAGGUACGAAGCAAGAGAAGAAAGUGAAAGAAAUCAUUGUAGCGAUGAAAAAACUCGAAAAAAAAAUUGAAGGGAAGAGAUUCUUUGGAGGAGAUACAAUUGGAUAUUUGGAUUUAGUCCUUGGAUUUGUUGCCUACGUAUUGCCGGUUUUGGAGGAACUCGGCUCCAUGACAAUCUUGGAUCCAGACAAGUUUCCGGCUAUAUAUGAAUGGACAAAAAACUUUAUGAAUCACGAGGUAAUUUGUGCCGAGCCUCUUCCAUUGAGGGCCGACUUGGUUGCUUUUCUCCGGUGGCGACGAGAAGAUUUUCUUGGGACUUAUGGCUAAUAAUAUUGUUGUUGUGGAAAGAAGUCGAUGCAGUUAUUUUAAUUAUGAUCAUGGAGUUGAUACAAUCGAAGGUUUUUAGACUUGUGUCUUUGAAUUGUAACUUUUAUGGUUGUUUAUCGUUUUAAUUUUUUACGAUUGAAUUGGUAUGUAUAAGAAAACGGAUCCUACUUAUACAAUUAUAAUAUGGAUAAAUUGUGAGAUGCACAAUA